AUGAAUGAAAUUCAUAAAGGAUAAUAACAUGAAGGACCCUAAUUAAAACAUAUAAGUUAUGAAGAUAAAUUAGAGUUCUAUCGGAAUGUAAGAUAAUGGCAUAAUAAAUUCGUCUAUUAAUAAUUUGAUUUAAGUGGAUUGAAAGGUCUUCAUUUAGAUAAAAAUGAAAAAUUCAACGUCUUAAAAGAACAAUUGACAUCAUUCAAUAAAUAAGUAUACUUACAUAGUAAAUUAGUUACAAUAAGCAGAAGUUAGUAAAAUAACUCCUUAGAAUUUUCCUACACGUUAUAAUUUUCAUUGUCAGAUUUUAUAAUUGUUAAGAGAAGCUUUAUUAUCAACAAAUAAGGAUUAAUAAGAAGAAUUCAUUUAGAAAAUAUAUGAUUGGAAUAAUUAAGAAUAGAGUAGAUCAAUAAAAAGCAGAUGUAAACAUACUCAAUCAGUUGAUUUUAAAUAUGAAAGUUCUAAUUUUGAUGGUACAACAAAUGAUGAAACAAAAAGACAUUUUUUAGAUUUUAAUGAACAAAAGUAAUUGCCUAGCUAAAUCAUUUAAGAAAACAUCAAGGAUUUUAAAUAAUAAUAAAGAACUAUUCAUAAAGAAAUAGAUCCUCCUGAUGUUAGGUAUCAAAUUUCAAGUUUAUUUAAAGAUUAUAAUAAUACUCUAGAAAAAAAUUGAUUCAAUAACAAUUAUAGAUAUCUCAAAUAAAACCAGAUACUUAAUCAUCUUUUUUUCCAACAUAAAAUAAUUUAAAUAGAUUUUCUGUUUAUGAAUAAUAGUAAUAAGAAAAUGAUAUAGAAAAUGAAGAAAAUAAAAUGCCAAUUGAACCAGUCAAAGUAUUUCUUAAGGAUGAUUAAGACAUAAGUAUAUAAAGAUAAUAAAGUAAAUCUUUUGAAAUUAGAUAAAAUUAUUAAUAAUAUUAACCAUCUAAUUAAGAGAUUGAAGUAUCUUUAUAAUAAAGAUGGAUUACUAAUAGAUAUAAAGAACAUUAAACUUAAAAAGAAGAUUAAGAAUUAGUAGAAUCUAUGUUAAAAUGGUCAAAAAAUAAAUCAAGAAUUCAAAAAGAAAUGGAUAGAAGAUAAGAUUCAUCAUAAUUUGGAAGCAGAUAUAAACAAUUAGAAUAUAGUCCAGAUUCUCCUUUGUAAACAAAGAAGUAAUAUUAUAUUGGUUAUGAUCCAAAAGUUAUUAAUUUAAAAUAAUUACCUAUAAUUGUGAAUACUUCAAAAAACAAUUCCUUUAGAACAAUGAUAGAAAUGUAAGAAUUAGUUUCUAAAUAAAAAAUUGAAACAACAAAAAAGAAAUAUACAAGUUUAUUGAAUUUAUCAAAUAUUGAAAUUACACCAUUGAAAGCUUAAUAAUCAUUAUCUAUAUAUGGUAAGUCUGAUUAAAAAGAUAGAUCAAUAUCAUAAAAAAAUAAGAUUGCAAGUGUAAUAGAUGCAUUUAGUCCUGAUAAAGUUUCUGAAGAAUAAUUAAAAGAAGUAUUUGAAGUAUUUUUUUAUAGAUAAUUAAAAAUAGAUAAAAAAUAGAAUGGCUAAACAUAAAAUAGUUGUUCCAUUAAAAAAAAUAAUGACUGGUUUAAUUGCUCCAACAGUAGAUAAAAAUAGUCUUUAUGAUAAAAUUCCAGAUAUUGGAUCAAUGAUAAUGAGUAAUCCUUUUGAAGUUGCAAAAAAAACAAAGAAAAAAAAGAAAAAGAAGAAGGAAUGA